CACGUGACAAUAGUUUCGGGGUCAAAGUUCGUGUUGACAUCCUCAGCGUCGCGUCAAACAAAUGGCGGAAUUAGACGUCGGAAAACACUGCCAGGUGGACUCCUGUUUUCUAAAAGAUUUCCUUCCAUUUAUCUGCGAUUCCUGCAGUGGUGUUUACUGCCUCGAGCACAGAAGCAGGGAGUCCCACUCCUGUCCAGAGGAGUCGGCGACUGGAGAACAGAGUGAACCGCGGGCGGCUGGUGGUAGUUCCAGUUUUCCGUGCUCAUUCACAGACUGCAGAGGAAAAGAGUUGCUGCCUGUCAUAUGUCCACAGUGUGAAAAACAUUUCUGUUUAGCCCAUCGUCAUCAGGAUGAUCACAAGUGUGAAAAGUUGGAAGUUCAAAAGCCUCGAAUGGCAGCUACAAAGGAGCUUGUGCAAAGGAUUGUGGAAUCAAAGGAUGGGUCCAAAACUAAAGGACGUAAAGGGGCAAAGAACAGUGCAACUGCUGCCAAGGUAGCAUUGAUGAAACUGAAACUGCAUGCUGCAGGAGACAAAGGACUUCCACAGACAGAGAGAACCUAUUUUCAGGUAUAUCUCCCCAAAGAAUGUAAAGCCUCCAGCCAACCCAUGUUCUUCUGUUCCAAAUGGAGUGUAGGAAAAGUGGUGGAUUACGCCGCAUCUCUGGCUAGCCUAAAAAACAACAACAACAUACUGACAGCCAAGAAGCUGCGGUUGUGCCACCCUCAGUCUGGGGAGGCAGUGCCGAUGGAUGUCACCCUGGUCUCGCUGCUGUCUCACCCAGAAACUCCUCUGUACAACGGGGGUAACGUGAUACUGGAAUACCUGGACAACGAGUGCACAGGCCUAGAAGAUGUGUCAGAUUAUAUCACUCCGACAUAACAAACUCAACAGUUCUGCAGAUAAUGGUCUGGUUUUUUAUCAAUAAAAGAUUUUAAUUUUAAAA